AUGAUAAAGCAAAACUACUCCAUGGUGACUGAGUUUAUCCUGCUGGGACUCACAGACCGAGCAGAGCUGCAGCCCGUCCUCUUCGUGGUCUUCUUAGUCAUCUACCUCAUCACUGUCACUGGGAAUGUGACCAUGAUUUUCCUCAUUAGAAGUGACCCGAAACUCCACACCCCCAUGUACUUCUUCCUCAGCCACCUCGCCUUUGUGGAUCUCUGUUAUGCCACCACAGUUGCUCCUCAGAUGCUGGUGAAUUUCUUAUCCAAGAGGAAAACUAUCUCCUUCAUUGGCUGUAUGAUACAAUUCAACUUUUUCGUUGCUUUUGUGCUCACAGAAUUCUAUGUACUUGCAGUGAUGUCUUAUGAUCGCUAUGUGGCCAUCUGCCAGCCCCUGCUGUAUGGCAGCAAAAUGUCCAGACAUGUCUGUCUCUCUCUCGUGGCUGCUCCUUACCUCUAUGGCUUUGCAAAUGGCCUGGCACAGACCAUCCUGAUGCUUCGUCUGACUUUCUGUGGACCCAAUGAGAUCAACCACUUCUAUUGUGCUGAUCCCCCACUCAUGGUCCUGGCCUGCUCAGACACGUAUGUCAAGGAGACCGCAAUGUUUGUGGUGGCCGGGUCUAACCUCACCUGCUCGUUCAGCAUCAUCCUGGUUUCCUACGUGUUCAUCUCGGCUGCCAUCCUGCGCAUGCGCUCUGCGGAGGGCAGGCACAAGGCAUUCUCUACCUGCGGAUCUCACCUGAUGGCUGUCAUCGUCUUUUAUGGGUCACUGUUUUGCAUGCACCUUAGGCCCCCUUCUGAGGCAUCUGUGGAACAGGGUAAAAUUGUAGCUGUGUUUUAUAUCUUUGUGAGUCCCAUGCUAAAUCCUCUGAUCUACAGCCUAAGAAACAAAGAUGUUAAAGUAGCCAUAAAGAAAGUUAUCCAAAAGGAAUUGGUUGAUAGAUAAAAUAGACAAGGUUACAGGUAUGUACUACAACCUUCUUACUCAAGCAGUUAAAUUCCAUUGUAAAAUUAGCAAAUCACUUUUUGUCAUUAAUUGUUUAUAGUCUUUUGUAA